GGCGGCUGCCCGGUGGCGGAAUGCAAGUGCCCGUCCCCAACCCCGCUAGAAAAACGGGCGGCACCAUCAAGCCACUUUCUCUUCAACCUUGCUGCAUCACCAAAUCGACAACAGAAUCUCCCGUCGACUGUCGGUCACGGCCUCACCACAACAUACCUAAUCAACCCUGUCGCGUGCUCGUGUAUGCUCAAGAACUGGCUCGACAAAUCGUGCCCGACCAUCCGCGCGACACCGACAAACACUUCGGCCAUCCGCCGCAGACCCGACAAACAAUGCGCCAGCCCACUCGUACAGCCCUGGACCGCCUCCUCCACCGCCUCCUCAAUAGAUGGCACGCCGUCCUCUCUCUGCCCUGCCAAUCCCCACCGACUUGGUACCGCGCCCGACUCAUCGAAGAGCUGCGCGAGCUGCGCUCUGCUACUACCACUGUCAGCCGACUUAGCGAGACUGCCGACGUCUUUUUCUCCAUAAGCCGUGCUCGACACGACGGCUUCCCCGUGCGCAGACUUCCUCCUCUUUCCUUGGCGCGUCAUACUGCACCCCUGAUCUACAUGGUCGCCAAAUACACAUUGAGGUGGGGGUUCUAUAGGACAGCCGCGAGGUUGUGUGGAGCGAAGGAAUGGAAGGGGGUGAGGGAAGUAAUCAACCCGGCGAAGGACCACAAGUUGGGGGAGGUGUCGGCACGUCACAGCAUUGAUCCAGACAAGUUCCGUAACACUGGGAAGAUGCUGCGGAGGGUGUGGCCAUUGCUGCCCUAGGCUUCUAGACUUCUAGUGUUUGCGACAAAGCAGCUCGCUGUUAAGACG